AUGUCUAGCACAGCUCAGGAGGCAGAACUGAGCAAGGAACAAGAAGCCGGUUUGCUUGCGUGCCACCCUGAGGCUGUGCUGCUGCACAGCCACGCCGAGGCGUUUUUGAUUAUACCUGUUCAUCGCCCUCUCCAUUCUUGGAGGGCAUUCAAUACUUUAGAAACGGACUCGGACAAGGCGGAGGAUGAAACAAAGGACCACUCCAUGGGCGUAAUCCGCAAGAAGACCGCCACGCGCGGCACGGAAGGCGGUACCAAGUAUCAUUGCGAUGUCUGCUCUGUAGACAUCACGUCGACUGUUCGGGUAUCAUGCGCCCACCCCUCCUGUCCUGAGUACGACCUGUGCGUACCUUGUUUUGCCGCGGGCGAAUCAUCUAAAAACCACGACCCGCGAACUCACCCUUACCACGUGAUCGAACAAAAUUCGGUGCCUAUCUACACACACGACUGGGGUGCUGAUGAAGAGCUGCUCCUGCUUGAGGGCGCCGAGAUCUAUGGGUUAGGUUCAUGGGCCGACAUUGCAGACCACAUCGGAGGAUUUCGUACGAAAGAAGAAGUGCGGGAUCAUUAUAUUGAGACAUACAUUGAUAGUCCCAAUUUUCCACUGCCGGCUCGCGCGGAUCCUGAAGACAGGACAUUGCAGGAAGAGAUCUCAAAAGAGGAGUUUCAAUCUAGGAAGAAGCGGCGCAUUGAGGAGCGCAAAGAAGCGGCCAAAGCUGCACCGCCUGCGACACCAAAACAGAAGCCUACCGCUAGUGUUCCAUCAUGUCAUGAAGUUCAGGGCUACAUGCCCGGGCGUCUAGAGUUCGAGACGGAAUUCUGCAAUGAGGCCGAGGAAGCCGUUCAACACAUGCAAUUCGAGCCUGGGAAUGGCAUCAAUGAGAAUGGGGAAAUGGAUCCUGAAAUGGAACUCAAGAUGACCGUGAUGGAAAUUUAUAACUCGCGUUUGACCCAGCGGACCGAGCGGAAGAAGAUUUUGUUUCACCAUAAUUUACUGGACUAUCGAAAGAACAUUGCACAGGAGAAGAAGCGAACGAAAGAAGAGAAGGAAUUGCUGAACAAGGCGAAACCUUUUGCUCGCAUGUUGAACCAUGAAGACUUUGAAGAAUUCUGCAAAGGCAUCGAGUACGAACACAACUUACGACUAGCGAUCGCACAAUUGCAAGAAUGGCGCCAGUAUGGAAUUACCGAUCUCAAGAGUGGAGAGAAAUACGAGCAAGAAAAACAACAACGAGCCCAACGCGCCAUCCCACAGGGCUCAUUUGAUCGCUUCGCCACGUCAUCCCGUCCUUCAAAGCAAGUGCAGCAGCAGCCAGACGGACCAUCACAAGCCAGCCUCCUGACCACACCUGAACUACCGCUUCGAUUCCAAAAGGCGGCAACAAAGCCUGCCACCGCUUCUGCCGCUCCUAACCCGGACACUAAGAUGCCCCUUAACGACUUUGACCUUGCCUUUGCUGCCAACGGCGAUGGAUUUGGCACCACCACUACCGCCACCACUAAUGCUGCCAUCACCACUCCUCCUCCUCCUCCUCAACAAUCAACGAAAACAAAAUACGUCAUCCAGCCACUAAACGGCAUCAUUCCAUGGAAAUUAGAAAACGACGGCGCGCCCGAUCUACAUCUCCUAACCAAGGAAGAAAUUGAACUAUGCAAUACGGUGCAUGUGCAACCAAAACCGUACCUGGUUAUCAAAGAAGCGCUCCUGAAAGAGGCCAUGAAGCAGAAUGGCAGUCUCAAGAAGAAGGAUGCGAGAGUUAUCUGCAAGAUCGACGUUGCUAAAGCAGGACGCAUAUUUGAUUUCAUGGUGCACAGUGGAUGGAUUACCAAGGGUUAA